AUGGUCCUCAACCAAAACCUUUGGCUCAAAAGCCUAGCCGCAAAGCAGCGGUGUUUGGCGGAAUAUGAAAAUGCAUUACAUGUGCGGAACAAGUUGUCGCACAUGUUCCAAUCCCCAACCUGGAGAACCAGAAAACUGUGUUACUUAACUUUCAUCAUGUUUUGGUCUUCAAUUGCCGCGCAGUCCCUGAUCGAUGAUCUCUUGAGUCGACCGGAUCUUACUAUACAGGAAUUGUUAGAUGAUGACAAUGUCCUCCAGAAGUGUAGGGAGAAGGAUUCACGAUUGAUUGAUUUUUUUUAUUCCCCACAAUCUAGUCUUUGUCGGGAUGAUAAUAUAGACUACCUGGUCGACUUGAUCAGCCAACCGUGUGUCUCAGAGGAGUUUGAUAAAUGCUUGUACCGCGAACCAAGCCUAGCCUGUGAGAUUAUGACUUGUGAAAUCGGUCAGUUGCUGGACGCACUGAUUCAGCCCACUUCCACGCAUCAGUCGGACGACCCAACGGCAACUGCCGAACUGGACACAAUGGUCAUAGAUCCACCAGGCAGUGAGUCCGCUCCUGCAGCUGAUCGUGAAGCAACUUCGGUCCCGAAAAACUCCGGUGAACUCUCCAGUGGUCCUACAUCAAAUGGCAUAGCCCAAAAUGAAUCUGCUAAUAGUUCGGAACACAAAACGCAAUCGUCAACACCAAGCAACUGCGAACGUCGUCCACGUCUUGAUCGUUUGCUGGGUGCACUCGAUGCUCCGUUGAAUCCACUGACGGCCAGUUUCGUAUCACGGGUUUUGGUUCACUUGGCGGGGCAGCGUGGACAGGAGGUAAUCCCUUACCUUCGGGCUUCUCCCAAUCUGUUGGAACGUGUUCUCUCCCGUUUUGAUUUGACUGCAAUGCCCGACUUGUUGCUCCAGUUAGCCCAACAGGAACGUGGAUCCCAGCAGUUAGUUCUCGAGUGGUUUGUUGCGGAUGGACUUGUGACAAGGCUGGUUGACGGUUUCUCCCCCGAUAAGCCCUGGCAGAUCCAUGACUCAGUUGCACACUGCCUGGUUCAGUCGAUCAGUAAUUUGCGAAAUUACUUGUCAAAUAAUUCAUUAGCUGGCCCGGAUUCGGAUUCAAGCACUGUGUUUGAGUCUGGACUUCCUGCAACCAGCCCCUACGCGAUGCUUAUGACUGAGGAUGGCCUCACGUACAUCGCUGCUACAAAGCUGCUUGAUAUCCUCGAAAGCGAGGAAACUAUAAAUGCGAUUCUCGACCAUUUGACGAAUCAUCAGACGGUUACAACGUCCACUGUUGUAGGCUGUAUCGAUGUGUUUUCAGCUAUCUUGGACAAGCGGAGACCUGAAACCGGUUUCGCACUUUCCGGCAGUGGUGGUGGUCCGGGAAGUGAGUUCGAACAAUUAUUCGGCGCAGGAUUUUUCGGCUCAUCCAAUCCAACAUUUCCUCGGGGUGGUGGUGGUGGUGGUCUAUUUGGCGGUUCGAGUGAGGAUCCUAACCGGCCCGGAGACAAGUCAGAGUUGGUGUAUAAAGCCCGAGUGGCUCGUGCAUCGGCGACUCUGGCCAGAGCAUGCCUUCCUCGUGUACACGAUCUACACCUUCUUCUACAGCGUCCCCAUGUGCAAACAUACAAUCAAAUGUCUACCACAACUGGAACCCUAAAUCCUCCGCUUGGUCGUGGUCGCCUUGCUGUCGCUCAGUUUUUUGCAUUGUUGAUGGCGCUUCCUGCGGAAACGGGAAUUGCGGCUGCGCUGAUCAAGGAAGGGGUAGUCAAAACGCUCAUGGAUUUGUUUGAACAAUAUCCGUUCAAUACCCUUAUCCACCAAGCCGUCACGGAUGUCGCCACGGCAUUGUUUUCUCGUGCCCGACUGAUUGAUACGAACCAUGGGAAGUCAGGAAGCGAACAGGAAAAACCUCAAGCGGAUGGGACCUUACCACUCACAACUGCUGCGUCGGGGACGUUGGCCGCGACGAGUCAGCCUAAUGAGGUUGAAACCACCAUGGAUACCGGUUCCACCGAUGAAAAAGAAAGCGACCAGACCUCGGACAAGUUUAUGGUCACGCUUUUGGACGAUGCAUUUGCCACAAUCGUGAAGGAGAACCAAAUCACUGACUGGUGUCUACGUUUGGCUCCCCUCUCCUGCUCUGCAAACACUCAACCUACCGAUGUUCACAGUUCUCAUCCCAAGAAUUCUCCGAAAGCGGGGUACGCUGGUCACUUGUGGAAGCUUGCUAAUUCAUUUGAAGAAGCGCGUAACGGUCCUCGUCGUGACUUUGUCAACCAAGUCUUCGAAAGUCUCAGUGAAGAGUCUCGUUCUUCAUGGGAUGCGUUUGUAGCGGACAGCUUGGCAAAAGUCAAUGCUGUGCAAGUUGCUGACGAUGUGUCCGACGCAAAACCGGAUCGCGAUGACGGCCUCAUCCAACUGUUGACACAAAAGGAUCUCGGAAGUUUGUUCUCACAAUCAGCCGGCUUCUUCAAUCUUUCCUCCGGACCUGGAGGCUCUGGAAAAUUCUCGCUGCUUUUGAGUCCUUUCUCGUUUGGGGACCAGCUGAACAACAAGACCUCGUCAGGAAGUCGUUUUGGUCUGACUUUUGGUAACCUUUCCGGGGAUCGGUUCAACGACAAUGAUGACGUGGUUCGCGCAAAUUCGUCCAUUUCGACAGCGAUGUGGAUUGACACGGGAGAGGCGGAAAACGAUCCAGACUCACCUGUGGAACCUGCAUCCAACCUCAACGAUGAAACGGCUUUCCGUUCUGCACGCAUAGCUAGCAUGAGCAGCGACGAAAGUGAACCAGAUGAAGAUAGGAAUAACGGAGAUGAUGGCGAUGAUGAGGACGAUGAUGAAGAGGAAGAAGAUCUCAAGUCCCCUGCCGUUAUCAGACAACAGCGUUCUGGGGCAACUCGGAUAUCACCGGUGAUGGGCAUUUCGGCUCCGGUGGUUGUUUCAGGUCUUACUGCUGACCCAUGGGAAACCGGGACGAACGGAUCAGACGGUACCAAUGAAGUACAAACCGGAUGGGCUCAAUUCGAAGAGCCGAAGGAUCAGUCCAAGCCCCAAGCCGAUGUGUGUAUCACUUCCCCACCUUCUGCGUCACCCAACCAAGUAGUCAAUGGACUUACCGGUCAGCAAACCGCAGAAACUCAGGCUCAAAACAAAGUGCAGUCGGAUGGCGCACCAGACCUCGGAAGCCUAACCUCCACCAAAAACGCGUCUCUAGUGCUUCCCACAACCGGAGUUCCGUAAUAUUCACCCAGCCGUGUCGCGAAGACGAGGUCGUCUGUUGCUGACUCCUUCCUCGUGAAACCCUUGUCGCAUUCCAGUGGAACGCAUCUAUCCAAUCUCUCCAGUUGUCUCAUUUAUUGUGAAUUGUCCGAUGUGUGGAAGCGCUCUACUCUCCUGGUUACAGAUCUUUCCCGUGGAACUCCGAUUUCCACGUCCUCAUAAUCAACCCCAAAUUUGUAUUUAUUUUAUCUGGCUUAUAUCGGUCUGAAUCCAGACCACUCUCCUCCUCUGCUCAUCUCUCACACCUGUGUUCAAUUUUCUGUAACUCUGUUCGCUCCCUCUUCAGCGCUGACCCCCUCGUUGGUUCCACUUGUCAGUUGUUUUUAUGUUCCCUUGACCAACACCAGUGACAACGAUAGCCAGAAAUGUCGGAAAUAGAUGAAAAUUUGUCAUAUUCAGU